GGGAACUCUUUUACUUUUUCUUUCCUUCUUGUUGAACCAAGCGAAAACAUGAAAGUUGCGAUUAACGUCCUUCACUAUGCCCAAAGUUUCACCUGAAAAAAGUCUGCAUUCGAUAUUCUUGACUGUUUCUGCCAUUUCCCUUGCGCUUCUUGUCACAGUAGCUUGGCCUCAAACACUCCAUUAUCUCCUUUGGGCAGUCAAGCUUGUUCUGGGCACCGUUCUAUCGCUUGUGCUGUUCAACAUUAUCGUUCUCUAUAUCUAUGUCAAAUACUUUGUCUCACCAUCUCAAAGCAAUCGAAAGGAGCAACGUCAGCGCGAUUUCCGACCAUUCCGAUUCGCCCAUGUCACGACGUGGCCCCAGGUGCAGCAACAACGAGUGCAGGACAACAGCGUGCAAGCAUCAAUGCCGAUCGCGCCCGAUUCCGAAGAGAUAUCCGAAGCGUUCGAGGAGCUCUUGUCACAUAUUUUGCGCGACUUUAUAGACUAUUGGUUCGCAUACGUGGCUGGGCCGCUCGAGAUAUCGUUUCGCAAAUCCGUCGAUGAAAUCAUACGUUCGGCGGCACACGCACUGAGGCAACGGAUCCAGGACGCCGAUCUGUUCGGAAUUCUUGUCAAUCGCCUUGUCCCGCUUGUAACGGCGCACAUUUCAGAGUUCCGAGCGGCCGAGAUAUCGCUGCGUGGAAAGUCGUUGGAACGGUCCCUGACACAGUCGGACGAGCUAGAUUUGCUGUUGGCAUCGCAGUUUCGUGGCGGCAAGCUGCAUCCCGCCUUGACUACCGCUGCUAUGACGACCAAGCCAACAGAGGCGGUGCAUCUACGUCAAAUGGUGGAGCGGGUGUUGCCAUACGUAUUGAAUCACAAGGAGCUGGACAGUGGACCGGUGAGCGUGAUUGUGCGUGAGCUUGUUUCCUGUGCUGUCCUACAGCCUGUCAUGGAUAUGGUUGCAGAUCCAGAUUUUUGGAACCAGACAAUCGAUAGCUAUUUGGGAAAAGCGAUACGGGAACAAAAAAUGGUGCGGAAGCUACGUGAGGUGCUCAAUAGGCACUCGACUGAUUUGGAUGAGGUUGUUGAAGAGCUGGCAGACGCAAAAUCAGCACCACCAAGCGGUAAAUCGCGGCGACCUAGUUUAAUGCCAAUGAGUUCAUUAUCUUCGAUGUUUGGUGACCAGUGGGAAGACGAAGUGGAAAGCAGUAAGCAGCGCGGGUUUGGCAGUAUCAAGAUAGGAAGGCGUACCUUUCAGGAUUUUUUGCGGAUGAUCGAGGAAGAAAAGAACUUGUUAGAGCUCAAGCGCGUCCGCAACGAUAUCGUAACACAAGUCCGCAAAAAGCGUGCUUUAAUCCAUGACCGAGACCCGGAGGAAGUCAUUGAUGGAGAAAAGGUGGAGGAUGUCAUGGUGUACCUGAAUCGCCUCAGUGUUGCAAAAAAACGAGUCGACAAACGAAUUGCAGUCCUGACGGGUGACAACUAUGAUGGCCGCAAAAGCUCGAAAUCACAAUUUUUCUCGCCUCGUCGCAAGCCUAGCGAAGCCGCUGCUUCACAGCCUUUCGGUUUUAACCUAUACGACAUUCUCACGAACACAGCCGGAUUGUCGUACUUCAUGGAGUUCAUGGAUCGACGCGGCGAUAUGAUGAAACUGCAAUUCUGGCUUAUAGUCGAGGGCUUCAAGAACUCGGAAAUGGCGGGGGCACGAGACGACUCGACGUUUUUACAAGAUGUUAGGAUGGUUUAUGAUAUGUACCUAUCCGAAAGCGCCCCACACCGAUUACCAAUAUCAGCACAGCUGAGCAUUGAUUUGAACAAGGCUAUCGAAGCAGCACAGCGUUGCAUGGAUGACAACGAACAAGGGAAUGUAUACACAGUUGUUCAGGAAAUGCGACAGCGUCUUUAUCAGAUCCAGCAGCAUAUCUUUUGGCAGCUGGAAAAGGAGCAUUUUCCCUACUUUAAGCGCUCAGAUCUGUAUUUCAAGUAUCUCGCCACAACACCCAACUCGGCACCAGACACCAUACCUGAGCGACGCAGUCUGGACGAGACAACGCUUUUCCGUCACCAGAGCAGCAGCGAAACGUCGACUGGAAAGAAACGGCUAAUCAGCGAAGCGAGCAGUAGUAGCGGGACCGCACCUGGAGGCAAAGUGUUGGAACAUCGACCGCUAGAGAGAACAGCAUCAGCAAGUCUGACAAAAAAGAAGCCAUGGCAUAUCACUGAAGAAACACCCAAGGCAGAUUCAGAUACGGAAGUCAGUGGUCCAAAGAAGAAAAGAUCAGAAAAAGCAAAACCACCUGUCGCCCGCGCGCGUGGUCAUGUUCGAGCAGUCUCCGAGUCUGCCAAUGGCGGUGGCGGUAUGAGCCGUUUUUUGAGCCUCGGCAGAAUGGUUGGGUCUGCCAACGAAUGGUGGCAUACAAGCGACUUGCAAGCAAAGAACGGGAAGGAUGACAUGAGCGCCAGCAGCAAGCAAAGUCUACUGCAGUCACCAGUAGAUACGGACGAACUAACAGAGGAAGAGGAGGAGGACGAAGAACAGAGUCAUCAACCGGGUCAGCAAGCACGAAGACCAACGAGGCAGCUACUAAGGAGUAACACGGUGGAAGCUGUGGAGGCUGAACUCCAGUCUAUCAUCGACGGCAACAAUACUGUGGAUGAUCCUUUAGAUAGCAAUGCCGACCGAAGAAAGAGUGCACCACCCUCUCCUAAGAAAAAGCAGCCGCCGCCACCAUUCCUCCUAUAUGGACCAGAGGCAACCAAGUCAUCUAUGGCUCUUCCCGUCCAAAACGACUACGCACUACCUUCUUGGACAUCGUCCGGUGGAUCCAACACUAUCGGCGAAGUUGCGCAUGAUCGUUUCGAUGACACGCAUUCAUCUUCGUCUUCGAUAAGCAAGAAAACAGCCCCACUGCCUUCAACCACGAAGCACAACGAAGACGAUACGCUCGACAAAGAAACGUCGAACGUUCAUCUGGCACCGCCAGGAGACUUGAUGCUUGCGGUCAAGGUCGAAAAGCUGUCCGAGGAAAUGGAGAAGCUGAUGCAACAGGAGGCCAUUGUGAACGCGCUCAUCAAGAAAGCCGAGGCAAAAAACAAGGUAGACGAGUUGCGCAUUCUAAAGAAAAGUAAAAACAUGUUCCGGCGCGAGCUACAGCAAAUCAAGUACCAGAAGAGCCAGUAUGAGCUGCAAGAGUCUGAGAACGUGCUAGUCCCGGAGCGAACCAAAGUCAGCAUCACCAGCUCCACCAUUGGAUCGGAUACCUAUGGCGAGUUUGCACUGUACGUCAUUGAGAUCCAGCAGCUUGGCUUGGAUGGGAACUAUGGCUCUGGUUGGAUUGUCGCACGACGAUACAGCGAGUUCUUUGCGUUACACCAGAAGCUCAAGGCGCGGCAUCCUGUUGUCAAGCUUCUCGAGUUUCCCUCCAAAUGGCCUCUGCUGCGACUGCAAAGGUCUUUUGUCGAGGCGCGACGCACGAAUCUAGAGCGAUAUUUGCGGCGUCUGCUUGAAGACCGAGACAUUUGCAAAAGCGAAGAGCUGCGUGCAUUCUUAUCGCAGCAAAAUGUGUAUGUGCCCGGUCCAGAACAAGACGUAGAGGAGUCAUCCGAAUUUGGUUUAUUCACGUCGAUCCCACGCUCUAGCAGUAAGAAGCGCAAGCGGCGCCAGGAAAUCUCGUCCGAGCUGCUCAAGCAGCAGCUACAGCCCUCAUCAAGUACGUCUACCGUCGGCUCGGGUUUGCAUCGUUCCAUUAGCGAUAACGUACAGCACCAGCAUGACCAACGCAGCAAAGCAUCGUCCGCCGGCUUUAUGAAGCACAUCUACAAGACUGUGGCCGAGGGCAUUGACGACCUGUUUGUUGGCCCAUCGAUGUUGGACUUGAUCACGCAGCGCAUGGGUGAACAAGUCAUGGACUUUAUCCAAGAGGCAGACGAAAACAGUGAACAACGUGUAGAGCAAAAUGAGGAAGCUGUGGCCGCUGCAGCUGCCGUGGCAGCAGCAGUAACGUCAGACCCCGACUUCACGGACUCACUGAAAAAUGCUCCAGAAGGCAUCACCAAGUUCACAGAGCCGCUUUGCGAUUUAUUUAUUGAAAUGUUUGAGCUCAAGGAAAAGAACAAUUGGCUGCGACGGCAGGCAGUUGUCAUCAUUCUCCAGCAAAUCUUCGGUGGCACAAUCGAAAGAAAACUCCGUGAGACUGUGCAUUUCCUUGCUACCGAACCCAUGAUCGUCUUUUAUCUUCGAAAGGUGACUGAUAGCUUAUGGCCCGAUGGUCAAACGCUCACUUUCAAAGAGCCGCGUCGGCCAGAUGAGAAGCAGCAUACCAAAGAAUCUGCAAACAGAAAACUUUCUACUUGGCUACCAGACUUAAUAGGGCAGAUGGUGGGUCGGCAAAACGCAAGACGCGGAGCAAGACGGUUGUUUAGUGUGCUCCAGAAUAAACGGUUAAACCAAGACCUUGUGUAUACCCUUUUUGAUGAAGUCGUCUCUGCACUUUUCCCAGAGAUAGACACAUCCACUUGUAAAACAUAGUUUACCACAUUCUUCUUCUUCUUCUUCUUCUUCUUCAUAUCAUCAUAGUAUCCCCCUUAUUGUUUAUAGCACUCUUAUCAUUACACUUAUCAGCAUACAUAUACAUUAAUCUACAUCAUAAGAAAUAUUGUAAUUGGCUUUAAAACUAUAGUAAGCCCCCCAUAUGUGAAUAUAAGUACUAUUUGGGUUACAGUUCUGUGGGAUCAUCUCAUCACCAGCGUGAGAACGUGAGAGAAACAAAAGACCA